UUGAUUAGGCUAAGCGAAAAUGAAUUCUAGCACGCACGUCAUUCAAGUGACUAAUGUCUCCCCGAGCACAACGUCUGAACAAAUGAGGACUCUGUUUGGAUUCCUCGGAAACAUAGAGGAGCUGAAACUGUUUCCACCUGAGUGAGUAUUAUGAGCUGUAAAACCUUGUCUCAUCUAGCGCUGCUAGCUCGGGCUUCUCCUGAGGCCUGUAAUGCCGAGUAGGCCUCGCCGCACGGCAUGCUAAUGCUAACGUUUCCCCGCUUCUCACUGAGCGCAGCAGCAGUCACUGCUUAAGAGUGUGUUUUUAUGUGAUGGAUUUAGCCAAUUAAGUUACAUUUCUUCCACAAAUGCCUGGAUAUAACUAAAGAAAAAAGUACACACAGCAACCGUGGUCAUUGUUGAUUAACGUUAUGUUAGCCGGUUAUAAAGCCAACAUAGUAGCACUUCAACCUAAGGAUAUUCAUAUUUUGGAUUCAUCUUUUAGCCCCUAAUUAAAGUUUCAAUUUUCUAAAUGCCACUAGAAGUAGCCUAGCUAUGUCAAGUUUAAAUGGUAUGGAAACCAAAUGCAUUUAUUUUGUAAAGACACAACACAAAUACGGCCGUAAAUCCUCAUUAUUGUGUAACUGAAAACGGCGUACGGACAUUUUUGUAUCGUAAUAUCAUUAUGACAAUAAUCCUAAUCAUUCUAAUCUAGACACUGCCUUGUUCAAGCCUCUUUCUCUGCUUUACAUGGAAAUUAAGUAAUUUGUGCGUUUUCUUUUUUGAAUGUGGCAUUUUAUAGAUUGAACAAAUCUGAAAGUGGUGUUGGAUAAACACACAUUUAAAAUUUACAUUCGUUCCAAUCCUAGAUGCUGCAGCAGGUUCUUAUGUGGGAAAUGCUGGUUUAAACAAAAUGGAAUAACGCACAACUCAAUGUCGAUAUGGUUUCAUCAGCGACUUCGUGUGGGCAAUCCCAUAGGUUCACUCCACCUACUUGGGAUGAGCUACUUCAAUCAGUAUUUUUAUAUUUAUUUAGUUGGAAAUAAUUUUUCUCUGCUUUUGUAUCUUCCUCAAUUGAAAUACACCUGACUUCUCAGCAGGUAGGACAUGACGAGGACUGUAACAACAACAACAACAACAAAGUGUCGAUGAGCAAUGUUCUUAUAACAACAUAAAAACGUAUCUCUAAGAUAUGUUGUUGGUCUGAGCAGAAGAUGCGGUGGUCAUAGCAUAGGUCAGAUUCUGCAGCUUGUACUCUUAUUACUUAUGUGUGAUAUGUUGCAUUGUCAGUCGCUGUUUGUAAACAAACAUGACGGAGAAGAAGAAAUGCACAGUUGAAACACUGAAUUAGAUUCAAAAUCACAGCAGCGUAACAACCCGUUGGUCGUCAAAUACCGCGGCUUUGUACCAUAUCGAAGAUAAAGGGUGCGUGUGUAGCGCCUUGGUAUCAGACGCAAAGGGGCGUGACUUUAUUAAAUGACCCGGGAAUAACAGCGACAAGUUAGUUGUCCCAGGGGACAAAAAAAAACGAUCGUUCAGGUCAGUUUGAAGAUGGCAUGUUGCGUCUCCUUGUUUGUAUUCUUUGCACAACAUUUCUGUGUUUUCUUCCAGUGACUCUCCCUUGCCUGUGACUUCACGUGUCUGUUUUGUAAAGUUCCUUGAGUCUGAGUCGGUGGGAGUUUCCCAACACCUGACGAACACCGUCUUCGUGGACCGAGCCUUGAUUGUGGUCCCUUUUGCUGAAGGUGGGUGUUUGUUCUUCUUGUCUCACUCUCGUGGCUGUCUCUGAACGUGCAUCACAAUGUGUUGGUUGUUUGAUAGAAUUGCGAGCACUAUCUGAGCCAUGGUGAGUUUUUUGUGACCAAGCAAAAUUCUCUUAAGCUUUUCAGUGGUUGGCAUUUUUAUGUUUAUAAAGGGGAAAUGCCAAUUGUGCCCAUGUCUGACAAUUGAGCUGUAAACUUCUCUCUCUGUUAUUUGUGUUGUGGUUUUCAUAGUGGACAAGUCAUUUGCAGAGAGCCCCUUCCCUGAUGGCUGAAAGUGGUCCUCUGCUGCCAUCAGGAGAUUAGAAAAAAUAAUGGCACCAGGCUUGCAAGCCCCCUUCUCCCUGUCUCUGUCUGUCUGUCUCUCUCUCUCUCUCUCUCUCUCGUGGUCUGCAGUAAAAUAUUAACUCUUAUUUUUCUCUGUUCAAGGCAUCUUUUUAAACAAAAAUAGCCACACAACUCUACAACAAAAUAGGGGUAUGGACCUAAAGCUUGAACCAUUUCAGAUCCUCUAUUUAUAUUGGAACCGUAAGCACCUUCAUUUUACAUGGCACAUGAUUUUGUUGCCACAAGAGAUCCAUGCGGACACAUUUGUCCUUUUUGAUAUUUAAUGCUACGGAGGGAGACAUCAAUCAAGUCCAAGUCGAGUCUUGCAGUUAUCGGGUAGUGUAACCAGCCAAAUAAGGGAAGGUAACCAUGGCCCCAUUAGGCUAUUGGGGUGCAUUACAAAGAAAUAUAUAAAUACUGGAUCUCCAUGUGGUAUUAACAGAAUGCUGAUAUUUAAUGGCUCCAAUCUGGGUAAGAUGUUGCAGACAUCCCUACACCUGCAAGCAUGCAGGAUACAUGCUGUGCAUGCUGGGAUAGAUUUUCAAGGUGUGUGCCAUUGUCUACACUGUUUUUUUUUAAAGCAGCUGUGAAUUAGCAUAUAAUUUGGUUAGAACCAAGAGAAGCACAGAAACCGCCGUUGCUCCUUGUGCCAAAGCCUUGUAUUAUUUAGCACCUGUAUUUCCAAAUUUUCACUAACACGCAAUAGAUGAAAGUAGUUUUAAGUCUGUGCUCGAUGGUACAGUAAAAAGAAAAGCUUUAUAUUGACCUUCUCAACACGUGACUCCUUCAGAGUUGAAUGAAUCACACGUUUAACAGUGGUGUUUCUUUUGUUGUUGUGUUUUACAGUUCUUUUUCCUGGUUCAGCCAGCCCUAUAUACCAGGCCCUGCUGAAAAUGCCACCAACAGUUUUGUCUUCUGAAGCCUUAUCCUGUUUCUCAAGUGUCCUUUCUGUGUGUGUGUGUGUGUGUGUGUGUGUCUGUGCGUGUGUGCGCGCGUGCGUGAGUGUAUGAUAUCUCCCUUUGUCUCUCUCCCCUUUUUUAAAAUGUAAAAUGUCAGAUAAAAAACUAGCCUGUUUUCAGAUUGCACCAUGGAUGAUCAUCUCCAUAAGAUUUCCCUUUUUGAAUUUACUGUUUUGUUUUCUUCAGCUUUGGGCAAAUUUGUCAUGAUUUUAUCACAGCUUUUGCUGGUAAGAGCCCAUAACUGUUUAGUGCAGUUUCUUUGACAUUGUUUAGUGUUUUAAUGACGUGCUGUUGGCCAAAAGCUAGCAGUACUGUAGCUUGUUAGCAGUACUUAAUUUGGUUGGCAAGUGUUUAUUUCUUUUCUUUUUUUGUGAUGGGAUUGUACAAAGUUACCUUCGACAAAAGCCCAGAAAAGGUAAUAUGUCUGAACCUUUUCUGUUUUUGUAUUGGUAAUGGUAAGUCAUGUUGAAAUGUACCCUUGUCUACACCCAAAUCAUGAACUUUGUUUUCUGUAUCUCAAUGUUUUUGUGUGCUUUAUAGCGAAGCAGCCGGCACGAGUCGCUUGUUCAUAAAACAUCUAAUGAAAGUUGAGAGCACAUCCCACGGGACAACUGGCUGUGCUUGCUUACGUUUGGUUCAUGACUUAAAAAACAAGUACAGGAGUCAUUCCUGAUGAAUCUAAAGCUAUGUCGCUGCUGGCUCCAGCCAACGCCGUGGCAGGAAUGAUGCCCGGGGGCGGCCUUCUUCCAACACCCAAUCCUCUGGCAACCAUGGGAGCGACGCCUUUCGGAGGUCUUGGAGCUUCCAACAUGGAGCAAAUGGCUGCCAUGGGAAUGCAAGGCGCCAACAUGAACCCCCAGGCCAUUUCUGCAGACUUCCUGAAGCUCAUGCAGUCCAUGGACCCCAAACUUAAUCCACUAGCGGCCGGACUGAACUUGAAUGCCGGGCUGAAGAACGAUGGCUCCAAUAAGGAGAUUGAAGAGGCCAUGAGGAGAGUUCGAGAGGCCCAGUCGCUCAUCUCUGCAGCCAUUGAACCUGGAAAUAAAAAAGAUGACAAGCGCAAACAUACCCGCUCCCGCUCACGGUCCAGGCGCCGGCGGACCAGAUCCCGCUCGAGACACCGACGUUCGAAGAGCCGGUCCCGGCGGAGGACCCAUUCAAGGAGCAGGAGGAGGUCUAAGAGUCCACGGAGGAGGAGGUCUCACUCCCGGGACAGAACCCGCCGCAGUAGAUCCAGGGACCGGAGGAAGGAGGAGAAGUCUAAGAAACGGUCGAAGACGCCCCCGAAGAGCUACAGCAGUGCCAGGAGGUCUCGAAGCAUCACUCGGAGGCACAAGCGAAGCCGCAGUGCAUCUCGGUCCCCCAAGAGGAGGUUGUCCAGGUCUCCAUCGCUCCGACGUCACAAGAAAGAGAAGAAGAAGGACAGGGAGCGGGAGAAGGAACGGGACAGAGACCGCAGGGAGGUCCGAGCUCGGAGCAGAGACGAAAGAGAACGCUCGGCCAGUAAGAAAAAGAAGAGCAAAGACAAGGAGCGAGACCGGGAUCGCAAGUCCGAUAGCGAGAAAGGAGAUGUGAAGGUGACCCGGGAUUAUGAUGAAGAGGAGCAAGGUUAUGACAGUGAGAAGGAAGUAGAGGAGGAGGAGGAUGACGACGAGAGGAAGAGCGACUCCGACUCCGCCUCGUCCCCCAAAGGCCAGGACGAGAGAUCCGAGGGCCGGAUCCCCAAAAAGUCCAAGUUGAACGGCGAUGACCACCAUCAGGAAGACAUGGAGAUGAGUGACUAACAACCAGGCAGCGUUAUCUUUCCACUUUUAUAUUUUUAAUACGGGCCACGACUCGUCUGUGCAGCGCCGGAGAACGAGGGGGUUUAGAAAGAAAGCCGUCAAGUCAUUUUGUAAAGACGAAGACUAGAAUAUGAACACGACGGCGUUUUAAAUAGUUAAUGUACUUUUUUAAGAUCCUGUUGAUUUUUUUUGUUUUUGUAGUCUACUGUCAGGAAGACAAAGUUCAAAGUAUUUCCCACUAAAGUGUCUGUAAAUAUUUUACUUGUUUUGGUCCUUUUUUUCUUCCUGUGACUGUUCGGUCUCUUGGCACCAACUUCACGGUCCUUUUUUGUUGCCAAAUGAUUUUGGUUUAACUGUAAUGCACGCAGUCCUGUUUCAGAUGCCCUUACUAUUUACAGCCCAUGGUAAGUGUACACUGUAGAUUACAAUGUGUUGUUGCAGUGAAAUACGAUUUUGGUUUUCCAAAGGAAACUAAUAAAAUUGGGUCAAACUGUU